AUGUUGCGAGUGGGGUCUUGGUUGUACGGGAAGAAGCCCGCCAAUGCCUCGACGCAAUCGCUGGACUCGCUGGCCGAGUUGAAAGACUCGGCGACGUUUAUCCUCAAUGACGAUGUCGAUAGCGCCGAAGCUGGCUUGGCCAAGGGAUCCUCGUCGUUCCACAACUUGGGCAAAGGCAUGGUAGCUUUCGUUCGGGCGACCCUAGGCUUUGAACAGGAGAUUAUGCGACAAGCGUCGGAACGAUUGAGCGAGGCGGAAACCUCAGCAGCCACUGAUCAACACCGCGCCCAACAUAAUGCCCACGCCCCCAAUGCCUUCCACUCGGAGAUAUAUGCUGCGGGCAGUGAAUAUGCACUGUGCCAAGCGAUCGCGCAGCUAAUGGGCGCCGUCGUGGGUGUCCUCAACGAGAGUCUGACGGAAAGUAUCAAGGCCUUUUACCGUCUGCGCAAGGCCUACAUCGCUCUGGAUGCCAUCUUGAAGAUGGAAGAGAAAUUUAUGGAGUUGAGAGACCCCAGCCGAGUUCUCCUUCCAAGUUCGAGUGACCUCUCCAAGGCUAGUAGUAGUGCCAGCACAGAUGUCAAGUCUCUGGACUCAUCCAGCGAGCCAGCCAACAAAGUGCCGUCCGCAACAGCUCAGCCAGUUUUAUCCGAUGAAAAGGAUCUCGCUCAGACUUUGUCCGGAUUGACAGUCAGCCCAGAGCCGGAGCUCGCAUCUGGUGCUUCCACGCCCGGUGGUUCCAACAACAUCAACCAUGACCCCGACUCCGACAUCUUCCAGAACGAGAUCGACGUGUUUGUGCACUCCGGCGCCAACUUCUGCUUCGGUAUCCUCUUACUCCUCAUCUCCAUGGUUCCACCUGCAUUCAGUAGGCUUCUCUCCAUUAUUGGAUUCCAUGGCGACAAGCAGCGAGGACUUCGGAUGCUCUGGCAAGCCAGCAAAUUCCACAACAUUAUCGGUGCCAUGGCAGCCUUGGCAUUGCUUGGCUACUACAACGGAUUUGUUCGUUAUUGCGAUAUCAUGCCUGACCCGACCCCGGGUGAGGACGACGUCGAAGGCUACCCGCAAGAGAGGCUGGCUGAACUGUUAACCGAGAUGCGAUCCCGGUUCCCGAACAGUCGACUCUGGCUUUUGGAAGAGUCGCGGAUGAAGGGCGCUAACAAGGAUCUGGAGGGUGCCUUGGAACUCCUCAGUUCGAAAAGCAAGAGCCCGCUUAAGCAGGUGGAGGCUUUGUGUGUUUUUGAGAAGAGUCUGAACGCGCUGUUUUUGCAUAAUUACGACGUAUGUUCGGCAGCUUUCAUCGAGUGCGUGGAUCUCAACUCCUGGUCCCGCUCAUUGUACUACUAUAUCGCCGGCUCCUGCCACGUUGCGCUCUACCGCCAAUCCAUCGUAAACGAUCCCAAAAAGGCCAAAGAGCACGCGAGCAAGGCCGCAGAGUAUAUUCGCAAAGCUCCUCCCUUGGCCGGCAAGAAGCGAUUCAUGGCCCGCCAACUGCCAUUCGACGUGUUUGUCACGCGUAAGAUUGCCAAGUGGGAAGCCCGCGCCAAGGAAUGGAACGUCGAGCUGGUGGAUGCCAUUGGCGUGGACCCCAUCGAGGAGAUGAUCUUCUUCUGGAACGGACAUAGCCGUAUGACCCGCAGCCAGCUCGAGGAAUCUCUGACCCGAUUGGCAUGGUGUGAAAGCAGUGAGAAUAAGACUUGGUCUCGCGAGGGCCCCGAGGAGAAAGCAAUCUUGGAGCUUCUCCGGGCUGCCGUGCUGCGGUCCCUGCACAAGCACGAAGAGGCCAAACAGAUCCUCCACACCAAGGUGCUGACACAUGAUAAGUCUUUAUUCAAGGGUCAUCUGAAGGACGAUUGGGUCCUUCCCGCUGCGCAUUUUGAAAUGGCCGCGAAUGUCUGGAUGGAGCGACCUACCUAUCAAGCCCUGCACAAGCUCUCGUCCGAUGUCUCUGAGAAGCCGGAGCAAGAGCGGAAGCUGGUGCGGACUUGCAAGGAGCAUCUGGACCAUGCCGCACGCUGGGAGAGUUACGAAUUGGAUGCUCGUAUUGGAUUGAAGGUGACUGCGGCCUUGGAGGCCGUUCACAAGUGGGAGAACGUGCACCCAUCAGCCUGA